AUGGUAUCAGAGCUUCGCCGGAGCUAUGCCGCAGUCGUGACGACGGAAAGCCAAAACGGUGAAGGAACUUCAACUGGACAGCAAGCAGGAGCUGCUUCAAAUCAGAAUCCAAUGAACCAGAGUGCGAUGCAGCGCUCAGACGAAGUUGACGAACCUAUGUACCUGCAUUUUUCAGAGAAUCCGAAUCUGGCUCUUGUCUCACCUCCGCUGACUGAGAUCAAUUAUGCCUCGUGGAGUAGGGCAAUGAAAAUUGCGCUUGAAGUCAAAAACAAAUUUGGAUUCGUUGAUGGAACAAUCGUGAAGCCUGGAGUCGACGAUCCUAGAUAUCCUGUCUGGAAGAGGUGUAAUAAUAUAGUCUGCUCAUGGAUCUUCAAGUCAUUGAGUUCCACAAUAGCAGAAAGAGUGUUGUACUUUGAGAUUGCAGCAGAUAUCUGGAAUGUUCUUCAAAAGAGGUAUUCACAGGUCGAUCCUCAUCGAAUUGCUGAGAUUCAGAACGAAAUUUACAAGUGCACACAAGGUAAUCUAUCUAUUAAUGAAUAUUUCACUAAGAGUAAUGCUUUGUGGGUGCAAUUGAAAGCUAUGAGGCCUGUUCCUGCAUGUGAGUGUGUGCCUAGGUGUUCUUGUACAUUGAUGAGUAAGAUUCAAAAGGAAAAGGAGGAAGAUCAGAUCAUCAGGUUCUUAGAGGGCCUGAAUGAAGAAUAUGAAAACAUCAAGGCAGGAAUCCUUGUUAUGGAUCCUAUGCCAAUCAUGGAGAAGGUCCUUAACAUGGCCUUGAAAAUGGAAAGGAAGCUUAAGAGCUCUAUUAACUUGAAAUCUAUUGAUCUUACUCAAGCAAAUGCCAUUCAGAAUGUUGUGAUCCCCAGUACAGAUGAACAUUCAGUUGUGGCUGCUGGAAUUUCAAACAAUAAGAAGAAAUUUAAUGGCAACUCAGGGAAGAAUAUACCUAAUUGUACCUUCUGUGGAAGGACUGGACACACAGUUGAUAAAUGUUACAAGAAGCAUGGUUUUCCCCCUGGUUGGGUUGCAGGUUAUAAGACAAAAAAUAAACAGACUCAAGAUGCACAACAGUUUAAUCCCUCUGUUAGUCAAGUCAGUGAUACAGGCCUGUCUGCUGAACAAUUCCAGAAGCUACUGACCUUGUUGCAAGGUUAG